CGAAAGGCGCCUUGCCCGUGACGUCAUCUACGUCCGACUUACGUUGUGAGGACCUGGCGGUGUGUGGUGUUUGGAAACACUUUGAACAAGUACGCGAAAGAUACCCUUUAAAAACGUUGUUAAAACCACACCAUAUAAGAGCUCGGCGCCAUGGAGACAGAUCUGUACGACGAAUUCGGGAACUACAUCGGGCCGGAUCUGGACUCCGAUGAGGAUGAAGAUGUCGAGGCAGAGGACAGGGAUGUGGCCGAGGCAGACGAGGAUGAGGAGGAUGACGAUCAGGUGGACGGCGAUGAGGAGGGCGGUGGCAUGGAGGUCGUUUUGCACGAAGAUAAGAAGUAUUAUCCCACUGCAGAGGAAGUCUAUGGGCCUGAAGUGGAGACUAUAGUCCAAGAGGAGGACACACAACCGCUUACCGAGCCCAUUAUAAAGCCUGUGAAGACGAAGCAGUUCACUCUUACAGAGCAGGAGCUGCCAGCUACAGUUUAUGACAUGGAGUUUCUUGCUGAUUUAAUGGACAGCUCCGAGCUGAUUAGGAACGUCACUCUGUGCGGUCAUUUACACCAUGGCAAGACAUGCUUCGUGGACUGCCUGAUCGAACAGACCCAUCCGGAAAUCCGUAAGAGAGAUGACGCAGAUCUGCGCUAUACAGAUAUUCUUUUCACCGAACAAGAGAGAGGAGUCGGUAUUAAGAGCACACCUGUGACGAUGGUACUCCCCGACUCGAGAGGGAAAUCCUACCUGUUCAAUAUCAUGGACACUCCAGGUCACGUGAACUUCUCGGAUGAGGUUACAGCAGGAAUCAGGCUUUCAGAUGGGAUCGUGCUGUUCAUCGACGCUGCUGAGGGGGUGAUGCUGAACACCGAGCGUCUGAUAAAACAUGUGGUGCAGGAGCGUCUGGCCAUCACCAUCUGCAUUAACAAAAUAGACCGGCUGAUCCUGGAGCUGAAACUUCCUCCCACUGAUGCCUACUACAAACUGCGUCAUAUUGUCGAUGAGGUCAACGGCAUGCUCAGCACAUAUUCAACUGAUGAGUCUCUAGUAGUGUCUCCUCUUCUGGGAAAUGUGUGUUUCGCCUCUUCACAAUACAGCACCUGCUUUACCCUCGGGUCUUUCGCCAAGAUCUACUCCGAUACCUUUGGUGACAUAAACUACAACGAGUUUGCAAAGAGACUCUGGGGAGACAUUUACUUCAACCCCAAGACGAGGAAGUUCACUAAAAAAGCCCCCAACAGUAACUCGCAGCGCAGCUUCGUGGAGUUCGUACUGGAGCCGCUCUACAAGAUCCUCUCGCAGGUGGUCGGAGAUGUGGACACAUCACUGCCACGCGUAUUGGAUGAAUUGGGGAUCCACCUGACCAAAGAGGAGCUGAAACUCAACAUCCGGCCUCUGCUGCGCCUCGUCUGUAACCGCUUCUUUGGAGAGUUCACAGGUUUUGUGGACAUGUGCGUGCAGCACAUUCCAUCUCCUCAAGGGGGCGCCAGAGCCAAGAUCGAGCACAGCUACACCGGAGGACUGGACUCAGAUCUGGGGGAGGCCAUGACUGAGUGUGACCCUGAUGGUCCGUUAAUGUGUCACACCACUAAGAUGUACAGCACAGAUGACGGAGUGCAGUUCCACGCCUUUGGUCGGGUUCUGAGCGGGACGCUGCAGGCGGGGCAGCCGGUGAAAGUUCUGGGAGAGAAUUACACUCUGGAGGACGAAGAGGACUCGCAGAUCUGUACUGUCGGACGCCUCUGGAUCUCGGUAGCAAGGUAUCAGAUUGAGGUGAAUCGGGUCCCCGCUGGCAACUGGGUGCUAAUUGAAGGCUGUGACCAGCCCAUUGUGAAAACAGCCACCAUCACAGAGCCUCGGGGCAAUGAAGAGGCUCAGAUCUUCAGGCCACUGAAGUUCAACACGGCUUCGGUCAUCAAAAUUGCUGUGGAGCCUGUCAAUCCAUCUGAGCUGCCCAAGAUGUUGGAUGGACUGAGAAAAGUUAACAAGAGCUAUCCAUCCCUUACAACAAAGGUGGAGGAAUCUGGAGAGCAUGUUAUCCUGGGUACAGGUGAGCUCUACCUGGACUGCGUUAUGCAUGACCUGAGGAAAAUGUACUCCGAGAUCGAUAUCAAGGUAGCUGACCCUGUGGUGACCUUUUGCGAGACAGUGGUGGAAACAUCCUCUCUCAAGUGCUUUGCUGAAACACCCAAUAAAAAGAACAAGAUCACGAUGAUUGCUGAGCCUCUGGAGAAAGGCCUUGCUGAAGAUAUCGAGAACGAGGUGGUGCAGAUCACGUGGAACAGAAAGAAGUUGGGGGAGUUCUUCCAGACCAAGUAUGACUGGGAUUUACUGGCAGCUCGUUCUAUCUGGGCUUUUGGACCCGACACUACGGGACCUAACAUCUUGGUAGACGACACUCUGCCGUCUGAGGUGGACAAAGCUCUCCUUGGCUCAGUGAAGGACAGCAUCGUUCAGGGCUUCCAGUGGGGAACCAGAGAAGGUCCUCUAUGUGAUGAACCUAUCCGUAAUGUGAAAUUUAAGAUCCUGGAUGCGGUCAUCGCUCAGGAGCCGUUACACAGAGGAGGCGGACAGGUCAUUCCUACCGCACGAAGAGUCGUGUAUUCCGCCUUCCUCAUGGCUACACCCAGGCUGAUGGAGCCCUAUUACUUUGUGGAGGUUCAGGCUCCUGCUGAUUGUGUGUCUGCUGUUUACACUGUGCUGGCACGCAGGAGAGGUCAUGUGACACAGGAUGCACCAAUCCCCGGGUCUCCCCUGUACACAAUCAAGGCUUUCAUUCCUGCUAUCGACUCAUUUGGGUUUGAGACUGAUCUGCGUACACACACACAGGGACAGGCCUUCGCACUGAGUGUGUUCCAUCACUGGCAGAUCGUUCCUGGUGAUCCCCUGGACAAGAGCAUCGUGAUUCGGCCAUUAGAGCCUCAGCCCGCCCCUCAUCUAGCCAGAGAGUUCAUGAUCAAAACUCGUAGGCGCAAGGGUUUGAGCGAAGACGUCAGCAUCAGCAAGUUCUUCGACGAUCCUAUGUUGUUGGAGCUGGCCAAGCAGGACGUGGUGUUGAACUACCCCAUGUGAUGGGGGGGGGAAACGGCUUCAAUUCUUUUUCACCCGAAUACAUCAACCCCUCAGUCACCUGGCGGGAAGACUCAACACAGAUACUGUUUAAUACCCGCUUCCUCAGUGGAAGAUGUUCUAGUGUGGUCGAGAAAUUCUGCUGUUUGUGCGAGUUGAUGAUUGAACCAUUAAUUUACGUAACCUUUUGUCAUGUCUUUUGUUUUUUUUUGUGCAGGAGGGGGGAAAAGAAAAAUAAUUCCCCUAUCCAAAAUCUGUUUCACUGAUAACUGUGUUUAUAUUUUUUAUAUCUCAGUACAAGAAUGUUUUGUACAGUAAAAGGAUGAGAAACAAG